CCUCUGAUCGCCCUCCGACGACGCAAAGUGAGACCCAAAAAAGAAUCACGAUUCUAGAUUAAUAUUCUUUCGUCCCCUCCACAGAGUAUCUCCGCCAAACACAGCAACAUGGCCUCUAAAAGCAGCAAGGGCGGCGGGAGAAAACGAAGGCGCGAAUCGGGCAGAGACAACUGCGAUGCAUCCACCCAGCCGCGCCCGGCAACAAAAACAACAAACACAGCCACAAAAACAACAACAACAACAACAACAACAACAACAACAACGUCCUACUCGUCGUCGUCACUGCCGCGUUUUCUGACGCCCAGCGAUCCGAAUUUCGAAAAACACGUCGCAGAACAUUACAAGGGCUUUGCCCAUUGCUCGGUGGACGACCUCCGGCCAGAGGGCUUCCACGAUCGGGCUCGGGACACCUUGGAGCGCCUGCGUGACGCGAACUACUACCAGUACGAUGUGGUCAUGGCCGGGGGGAAACACUCCUCGCGGACCUUUGUCCGCAGGACCCUCGUUGGGAACCCUGGGAUCACCUACAAGUACCUGGGCCUCCGUCUUUUCGCCCACGCCUGGUCCGGGCCGGGCGCGUCGCCGCUGAUGCAAUCCAUCGGGGAGAUGAACCGGGACAUGAUCCGGAUGACCCGGCGGUUCGAGGACCACCAGCACUGCGAAUACAACCUUACCCUGAUUAACUACAUGGAACCGACGAUCCACACCCGGGUCGGCUUCAAGGAGGAGGCGGACUACGGCAUGGGAAAGGUCUCCGUGAGCUGGCACGCCGACUCGUCCCUCGAGCCCGGCUCCUCGAUCGGGGUCUACCACUGCCUGCCGACGCAGCGGUCCUCMCGGUGGGACUGGAGGAUCGCUCUACGGCCGUCCCCGGACGGCGGGAGCACCGCCCGACCGAUCGUCGUCGACACCAAGGACGGGGACGCCUACUUUCUGCUGGGAUCCUUCAACGAGACCCACCAGCACUGCGUCCUGGCCGGGAGCCAGAGCAACCGCAUCAGCAGCACCCACCGGGUGGCCGUCACGGCAGAGGACACCUACGAGUACAUCCUCAAGCGGGCCAAGAUCGCCCGGAAGCGCUUUCGCGGGCAGCUGGAGGCCAUCGACGGAAGCAGCGACAGCAGCGAUCCGGCGGCGGAGGUGGACGCCAAGGUGGUACGCUACUGCCAGAGGGUCAUGACGGAGCUGGAAUCGGAAUGGAUCGCCCAGUACUGGCUCCAGGGGAUCCAGCACGAUAUUAUGCACACCUGGUGGCAAAAGCCGAUGAAGACCCUCGAGGCCUACUGGCGGGCCCUCGAGCUCGCCACGGCGAGGCUCGUCCGCCGCGUCUGCUCCCGUGAACCAUCCGCAAAGAAGAUCCCCCGGGACGUGGCCAGGGUCCUGGUCCACGAGUUCAAGGCCCGGCAGGCCCUCCGGGAGCAGUGGGACGACCGGCGGGCCGACAAGAUCUACCAGCGGCGGAUCUCGGAGGAGUACCGACCCGUGGCGAGGCCGGUCUUUGACGCACCGGACCCCUCGAACAACAACGACGACGACGCACUCCUCCCGAAAGAUCUGUCCCCCGUCCUGAUGGACCUCAGGCUCGUGCUCGAAGAAUCCGCCGCGGGUUUGGCGGUGCAAACACCGCCGGUGGCGAAAAGUGAGGCCACACCCAAGCCGGACAAGGCCGCACCGAAAGCGAGGGCGAACGACGGUGAAGCGAAGCACUCGAACACAAAGAAGAGGAGGAAGAAAAACAAAAAGAAGAAAGGCAGCAUGAACACGCCAACAGAUGCCGGAAAAUCUUCUACAAAGCCAUUUUAGGUUGGUGGCUCGUUUAGCCAAGCAGAGAUGCACGCACGGCGGGCGGAGGUAUCGUGCCUGUGGUGGGCACUUCGUGCAAUCUCAUACGCGAUGGUUCCCAUAUCCAGAGGCAAAUUAUUAGGGUACGAAAUCUGAUCUGUUUUUGAAACGGUGCAAUAUUUUUGACGCACGCUCCGAACCUUGUCUCUACAGCCAAACAAAGCCAUCGGAUCGGUUCCAUCCUCGACUCGUCGCAUUCGCGUGGUGGUAGUGCUCGCCUCGAGGGUGAGAGAGCGGACCGAUGAAUACGAAUCGUUCGCCUGGCAAAUUUCUAUCCUCUACGACUUCCAAACCGGCGAUACGAAUAUUCCCAUUUCAACUUUCCCAACCGUGAGCCAUACUGCAAAUAGAAGUUCUCUAUUUUCUACGGAACAUCGAGGGUGGAAAAGCCGGAGACKGAGCAAGUGGAAAUCAGAUGCUACAAAUACUGACGAUUCCCGUAAUCCAAAGCUGAACCCAAACGCAAUUCAUGAUCGGAAACCUAUGAAUGUGACAGCGAUUGAGGUCGAGAAUAUCGAUUGCAGAGACGACACAAAACAUCAAAGGGACCGAACCCCUGUCGGAGACUACGGUCGCCGGGACAAAACUGUCCGCUUUGACACAAUACAUACGCUAUCCUCUGGUAGCAACCAGUCAUUUGUCGUACCUAUCAGCAAUACCAUUGGUCCAUCAUUUGUAAGGUGUCGACGAAGAGGAAAAUUUCACAAGCUGCAAACCAUUGUAGGUGUCAGCAUAGCCAACUUUUCACCAAGCGGCCGUCUGCCAACGAACCCCUCAUCAGGAGCAAAGCAAAAUAAAUGUCCUUUUUAACCUCGCUGAUUAGAUCCGUCGCUUAAAAGUCAAGGCCAGCCACACCGAAAAACAUCAGGACCAAAACACAAAUAAUAAGGGUUCAUCCAGUGUUGUGCUUACUAUGUGUUCGGGUGAAGCUCUAUCUCCACAUCAUUUCAUACACGUCUCGGAUGACAUUAAAUUGGCAAUUUCCAU